UAUGUCGAGGCCAUGGUGACUAUGGAAUACCGCCAUCAUUGAAUAAGUCGUAUAUGUGACCUUGAGGAGCAACAAUACCUCUUUCCGUGUGCGUUUGGUUGGGGUUGUUUUAGGAUAUAAAUCAUAUUGACUGUUCUUUCGUGUUGACCUGUAUUUGGAUCUUGUUUACACUAGUCGUCGCCAUUCAAACUCGUCAAGUGUCGUGAAAUAUAUAUUCCAUGUCUGUCUAAACUAAUAUGCCAAAGAGCGUCAGUUCCUGCAUACCGAGUUCUGCUGGGCAUCCCUGGCUUUCAGAUGGUGUGGCACGUUUUACAGAAGUUGCUCAGAGGUGCGUCAUUUUAGAUGAGCAAGUAUCAUGUUCUGAAACAUCUACCGGACACAGAAAUAAUGAAGACUGUAUUAAGCUCUCUGAGGCUAUUUACAAGACACUGAAUAAUGCUUUUAGUGACCUAAUUUCUGAUCCGACAUGUCAACCAAAUUGGCAAUCCGAUAUUUCUAAUGCAGAGUUUAUUAAUUUUCAGGAGGAUGUUGACCAAAAUUAUAUCAAGUAUCAAGUAGACCUGAUGAAGAAAUUUUGUCAUGUGGAUGAAUCUGUUUUGAUUAGCAUAGCUGGAAAUCUGCAAAAAUGUUUACACUCAACUCACUGUUCUCUUAACGGGAGUACAUGGUUACUCCACUUAUUCGUGAUUGCAUUUUUCGUUUCUUACGUUCGGCAUUUUCAAAAACUGCCCUCACGGAGCUUGACGUUGUCUAUUUUUGAACUGUCUCCUGACCCUUUUAUUUCUCAUCAAUUGUAUGCUUCACUACUCCCCGAAGUUUUAUCUAUUCCAGACCACCGUCAAAAUGAAUAUAUAUUGAACUUCUUAAAGAACGCUACUCCUUCCCACUGCUAUACACUUCUUUGUAAACUCUGUACCUUGGAUUCUAAUUGGCCAGUCGAUUCAUAUUCUGUCUUGGAAUUUCUUUUCGAUCCAUGUCUAGCCUAUGUAUCUUCAACUCCAGAAUUAUCUCCUGGUGAAUUGUUCGUAGCUGUUGUGAAUAAAUUUUACCAUGAUGCUCAAAAAGAUUCAAGUCUUCGGAAAUCAAUAAAAUUCACAAAUAUGAUUAUUAAAUUUUUACGAAAUUAUGCAAAUUAUUACGUAUGUCACAUAAAUUAUUUUUAGAUUUUCAUUUAAAGCCAAAGGCUUUUUUCUUAAUGCAAAGCUUCAAAUGUUUUCUGAUUAUUUUUACUGUUUUUAACUUUGUCAUUUGAGAUUCAAUUUAUUGUAGGUUGAUGUAUCACUUGUUAACAGUGAGGAGAAAACCCAAAUUUAAUGGUUUCUUCCUGCUAUAUGGACAGUUGACUUUCCCCAAUAUUGAAUUUUGAACUGUUGAUUAAAUCAUUAACCUUUCACCAAUGGAUGCAAUUUCACCAUCCUUACAAUAUCCAAAAGAAUCUCAACUUAUUUUGAAACAAUUGGCCAGUGAGAAUUCCACUUUUCUUCGAAAUACACUAAACAAUUUUGUUUGUUAAAAAAACAAACUUAUGUCCCUGUACGAAUCAUUUCUGUACUAUUCAUUAUAAAAAUAUAUAUCUGGAGAAAAUGCUCAUUGCCUUUUUGUCUUCUCUCUCUCUUUCUUCCAUAAUAAUAACAAUUUUACAUCAUUUAAUUUGAUUCUCUUUAUUUUAGCUUUUGAAUAUUCCUACCAGGAA